AUGUCAAUAGGAGAAACAAUCCAUAGAGAGUUUAUACAUUUAAAAUUGUUACUUAAAAAGAAUUUUUUAGUUUCAAUAAGAUCUUACUUUUCUACAAUUAUAGAAUUAUUAUCUCCAAUUGUGUUUGUAUUAAUUUUUUAUAUUAUUUAUAGUUAUGGAAGCGCAGUAGAUUAUUCUAACGUUAGUUAUGAACAAAAUUUACCAAAUUGUAUUGUAUCAGUUGAAAAUAGAUGUAUUAAUUUAAUGUUUUCCCCAAUGAAUUCAACAUGUACAGUUGAAAUUAUGAAAAUUUUAGCAAAAAAUAAUAAUAUGGAAAUUUAUAAUUAUCCAACUGAUACAGGUCCAUUACCAAAUUUAGAAAAUACAAUUGGUUUUCAUGGUGGAAUUAUUGCAAUGGAUUCAUUAAAUUCAACUGAACAAUUUAUAUUAGCACAUCCAAAUGUAACAUUGGCAGUGGUUGAUUUUGAAAAUUUCCCAUUAAAUUUUACAAUCAAUGGAGUGAAACCAAAUGAUUCAUUAAUUGGAUUUAAUGAUUUUUAUGAUUUAUCAUUCAAUGUUUUAUUGAAUCUUUCAACAUCUGGAGGAUUCAUUGAACCAGUUGAUUAUUCAAUUCCAGUGACUACAUCAAUUCAAAAAGCAAUUUACGAUUUCUAUGCAAUUAAUAAUCAAAAACAAAUACCAACUAUAAAUUUUGAUUCAACUCAAUUUAUUGAAUAUUCAUCAGUAAAUGUGGUUAGUCUAUUUGGUGGGUUAUUUUAUUAUUGUGCUAUUAUGAUUUCAUUCAUUUUCCUUUUAUAUAAAGUUGCAUUUGAAAAAGAGAAAAAUUUAAAACAAGGUAUGGUAAUGAUGGGUUUAAGUCGUUCAAUGUAUUGGUUAAGUUGGGUUAUAACUAGUUUUACAAUUGAUUUAAUCAUUUGUUUACUUUUAAUUGCAAUUGGUGCAAUUUGUAAAUUACCUUUCUUUUUAGGCACAAAUUUCUUGGUUCUUUUACUUAAUUUCUUCCUUUUUGCAAUUUCUUCAAGUUCAAUGGCAUUCUUUAUGUUAACAUUCAUUGGAAAAACUAAAGUUGCAAUUGGUAUUGGUAUGGCAUUUUUUAUUGUUGGUUCAGGUUUACAAUUAACUUUUAACUCACUUGGUAGUUUAAUUUUCCAAAUCAUUUAUCAAACCGAUAGUAAUGGUGCUGCUUUUGUUAGAGUGAUUUUAUUCAUUUUACCAAUGUUUCACUUUUCAAAAGUGUUAACUGAUAUAAAUGAUAAAGUUCAAUCUUAUCCAACUUCACAAUUUAAAAUUUCAGAUUUAAAUGAUAAUCUUGAUGGUUCACAAUAUGGUAUGGAUUAUUUAGUUCCAACAACUGGUCAAUCAUUAGCAUAUAUGUUUAUUUUAGUUAUAGUUUAUUUAUCAUUAUCUGCAAUCAUUGAAUAUGCGUUAUCUGGUGGUUUCUCUUUUAAAACUGUUAAACAUAUUAAUGUUCCACACUUUGAUGAUCAAGAUGUAGCAAAUGCAACUAAUAGAUCAUUAGAUCCAUCAAAUAAAUCACCAUUUAUAAUUCGUGGUCUUUCAAAAACUUUUAAUAAAUUUUUAAGACCUUCAAAAUCUGUUCAUGCUUUAAAAUAUUUAUCACUUGAUAUUCAAGAAGGUACUGUACUUGGUUUAUUAGGUAGUAAUGGUGCUGGUAAAUCAACAACAAUCGGUAUUUUAACAGGUAUACAUAGUCCAACAAGUGGUGAUGCAAUUAUUUAUGGUCAUAGUGUUGUUAAAGAUAUUCAUUCAGUUCGUAAAAUUACAUCAGUUGUACCACAAGAUGAUAUUUUAUGGUUAGAAUUAACAGCAAUGGAACAUUUACAUCUAUUUGCAGAAUUAAAAGGUAUACCAGUUAGAGAAAGAGAUUUUCAAAUUGCAAAAGUAUUAGAACAAGUAAAAUUAACUAAAGUAGCCAAUGAUCAAUGUUCAACAUUUUCUGGUGGUAUGAAAAGAAGAUUAUCAGUUGCAAUCGGUUGUAUUGGUGAUCCAAAAAUUAUAUUCAUGGAUGAACCAACAACUGGACUUGAUCCAAGAUCAAAAAGAAGAAUUUAUACCCUUGUUAAAGAGAUAAAAAAAGAUAAGGUUAUAAUUCUAACAUCUCAUGAUAUGCAUGAAAUUGAAAUUUUAGCUCAAAAUUUAGUCAUUUUAAAUGAUGGUAUUAUGGUUUGUAAUGGUAAUGCAUUACAAUUAAAAACAAAAUAUGGUGAAGGUUAUUCUGUACAAGUAAUUGCUAAAUCUUUAGAAGUAAUUCCAGAAAUUAUAAAUUUUGUAACAUCCUCACUUCCAUAUUGUAGAUUUUUAAAACAAUCUGCACUUCAAUUAAAUUUUGGUUUCCCAAUUAAUACUGAUCCAAAAAUAAUUGUUAACUUUUUUAAAAGAUUAGAAAGUAUAACAAAAGAUGAAAAUAAUAAUUUAAUGAGAGAUUGGUCAAUUUCACAUUCUAAUAUGGAUGAUGUAUUUAUAAAAGUCUCAAAUAAACCAAAAUUACAAUAA